GGUUUUUUUGGGGGGGCGGAGGUGGAGAGAAGGCGGAGGAAGGGCCGUGGCACGGGGCAGUGCUGACUUUAUCGGGCCGCGUCUCGGCGCUGGCCUCUUCCGUUCGGCCGGUCCUUCCGCAACCCCUCCUCCUCGGCCCGGCAGGAGCUGGCGCUGGUAGGAGGGAGAGCGAGCGAGCCUGAGCCCCUUUCUUACCACUUCUCCCCCUUUCUUCCUUGUCGCCCGCGGGUGGUACGGUCCGAAAAGAAGACAAAUGUAUUAGUUUAUACCCUUGAAGAGCUGCAGAAGAAGAUACACCAGGAGGCAGUCUUAACUCCCACCAGCCUUUGCACCACCAUCUGGGUAGAAGAGGAGGGGCCAGUGCAGUGCUGUAUACAGACCGUCUUUGACCAUGGCAGCGAUGAAGCGUAAACGAGUUGUGCUUACAAUCCAGGAAAAGCUGGAAAUUAUUGAAAAACUGGAAAAAGGUGGUAACACAAGGCAACUUUCUAUCAUGUAUGGAAUUGGUGAACAGACCGUUCGUGACUUAAAAAAGAGAAAGGCACAGCUACUUUCAUAUGCAAGUAGCUCAGGCUCUGCAACACUUCUGGCUAGACGUAAAUCUAUGAAGCAGUCUACCUACAAGGAGCUGGAUAGAGCAAUGUUGGAAUGGUUUAAUCAGCAGAGAGCUGAAGGAACUCCAGUGUCUGGGAUAAUUUGUGCAAAACAGGCAAAGGCUUUUUUUAAUGCAUUAGGAAUGGAAGGGGACUUCAAUGCUUCUACUGGUUGGCUUACUAGGUUUAAGCAGAGGCAUGGGAUCAGAGAACUAAAUUACCAAGGUGAGAAAUCAAGUGGUGAUCAGUCAGCUGCUGCUGAUUUUCGUGAAGAUUUUGAGGAAUUUACGGAAAGUGAAAGGUUGCAGCCAGAGCAGAUCUACAAUGCUGAUGAAACUGGGCUUUACUGGAAAUCCUUACCGGCAAGGACAUUGGCUUUUGAGAAUGAACAUCCUAUUCCAAGCCAUAAACUCAGUAGAGAGAGACUAACUGUAUUGUGUUGCGUAAAUGCAACCGGUUCUCACAAACUGAAACUGUGUGUUGUUGGGAAAGCAGAGCAUCUGCAUUUGCUUCGAGGAGCCAAUCCAUUAAAUAUGCCAAUUGAUUGUUUUAACCACAAAGAAGCAUGGAUGGACUGCACGAUUUUCAAAGAAUGGUUUGAUAAGAAAUUUGUUCCCCAGGUCCGGGAACACUUACGCUCUAAAGGCCUUCCGGAAAGAGCUGUCCUACUUUUAGAUUAUGCGCCCUCCAAACCCAAUGAAGGUCUUCUAAAGUCUGAGGAUGGCAACAUUUUUGUGAAAUAUUUGCCACCAAACGUGGCUGCUCUAAUUCAGCCUAUGGACCAGGGGGUGAUAGCAUGCAUGAAGCGACACUACCGAACAGGAUUAUUAAGAAAGCACGUGCAGGAGGGGCAUGACAUAAAAUCGUUUGGGACUAACCUGACAGCUCAGGAUGCUAUCACUCAAGCGAUCAGAGCAUGGAACUUAGUGAAGCCAGUUACAAUUACUCGAUCGUGGCGCAAAAUUAUUUCUGACCCAGAUGAAGAAGGGAUUCCAUCAGCCAGCUUAAUAGUGGAUGGGCAGCAGCAGCCCAGAGGUCACAAAAAGAGCCGGGCUGCACACGUGGAAGAACAAAGGCAAGGGAUCAGCUACCAUGAAGUAGGCAACCAGUUACUGGCCAACAGUGACACGAUAACGAGAGCUGAAGAAAUCAAAGUGGAGCUGAAUGAAAGUGAAGGAGAGGAACAAGAACUGAUUCCAGAGGGUCAGAUUAGCCACAGUGCGGCAUUAAACUACGUGGAAAUCCUGCUGGAUUAUUUGGAGCAGCAAGAGGACUCCCUCAUGACCGACAAACUCGUCCUCCACCGACUGCGCACGACGAUAAGGAAGAAAGAACAUGAGUCAGUGGGACGAGGAACAGUCACUGAUUUUUUGACCAAUAAAUAAGUCCAGGCCUCAGUUUUCUCAUCUGUAAAAUGAGGGGUUUGGACUAAAUGGUCUCAAGGGUACCUUCCUGCUCAGUUCUAUGACCUUUAGGAUCUGUUGCAGUCCUGUUGGAGCUGAAACUGAUUUAUUACCUUGCUCUGUGCUUGUUUAUGGAAGGUAAAUAUACUAAAUAUGUAUGUAUUUGUAGCUCAAAAUACUUAUAUUUUGUGCAAGGUGGCCUACUUUUAAAUAGACUCGGGAAUAUUUUUAAAUGGGUCUCCUUUCAUUAUUUAUGUUUUUGUUUUAUCUAAGCACUCUCUGCCACCCCUUUUGCCUUUGCCCUACAUGUCUCAGGAUAAUCAAGAGUUUGUUUUCUUACAUUAAAGUUCUAUGACAUGUAAAUUCCAGUUCACUCUAAGUCCUGGAAAUGGUAGGUGGCAAGAUGAGCCAUCAAUCAUCCCUUGAAGACGUGGGCUCAGAGGCAGCCCUUAAAUCCCCUUUGUUUGCUCCCACCACCUUAUAAAGAUGACAGUUAUUCACAUUGGUUGUAAGUUGUUCCUUAUGCUAGAGUUGUUCUUUGCUAGUGUGCAGACCUCACUGUACUUCCUAAUAAAUAUCCCAGCAUGGCUAAGGAGGCAGCAUGCAACAUUAAUGCAUACAGUAAAUGUCUAGUAUAACCAUACGCAUCCAGGUCUGAUAAUUUGUGCUUGGGGAGUGGUAAAGAAAAUUUGGUUUUCUUUUAUUGUCAGGGUACCACAAGGUAGAAGAGUGAAACAUUGUACCACACCUGACCAGUGGGUGGGCACUGUUAUCACUAUCACUGAGGUCCAUUUUAUAAGUAUAUUCUGGAAGCACUGGAGGUCACAGGGACUCUAGCUGUAAAGGCCCGGUCUCCAUCACAUAAAGGAAUCUUCAUUUUGGUUAUUUCCUUCUGUUGCCCACUACAGAGAGUAGUAGGUGGGCUUUGUCUUGUGUGUUAGGACUUUAUGAAUUGAUAUGUUUUUAUUUUUUUCUUAGGUAUGUCAGAAGGGACUAGUAGGGAGGUUCAUUCCCUAUAAUGGGAACAAGGGAACAAAUAAUCACACUGAUAACUUCCCAGAAUCCCAGCGCUCUGAAGAAUGGGUGGCUGAAUAUGUUGGCAUCUAGCUAUUCUUAAAAACAGCCCUUUAUGAGCAACAAAUCAACAGCACGGGGCACGGAGGGGUUGGAGAAGGAGCAGUAUGAAGGGGGUGAAAAAGCUGUCCUUUGACUUUCUUCUUCCCAUUAUUCAAAUCACAAACUCAUUGGUGGAAGCAAAGGUUAGGGGUGUUUGAAGAGCUAAAAACAGCUCAGAAAGGUGUGGCUUCUGGGGGGUGCUGGUUUCAUGUGAGUGUCCUAUGAGCACUUCAGUCUUUAGUCACUGCUUUUUUGACAUCUGGUACAUUAGAAAUUGACUCUAAGCUAUUAGUGUCUUAGUGGCAAAGUCUCGUAUCACUUUUCCAGUUUAUUGUGUUAGACUAAACGCUCUUAUUCUAUAAUUUAAGUGGUAUGAAGUGAUAAUUAAAUGCUGUAUGACUACUCAGUCCUGGGACCUUUGUGAAAAUGAGACUGACUUCACGACUCUAUCCCAGUGAACAAAUCUGUAAAUAAAAAAGUAACUGAGGACCUUUU